CUUACCUGUGUGAUAAGUGUAUUUGCUUUCCGAUAAAAUGGCUCAGGCGGCGUCUAAAACAUGCGAGAUUUGCAUAAGUGCUUCAGGAUCGCAAUACUGCUUAGAAUGUGAACAAUACUUUUGUGAAAAUUGUAAAAUAUUUCACAAAAGACAGAAAGGCACAAUCAAUCACCAGUUUCAGUCGUCCUUAGACGUCAUUCCGGAAGGUAAAUCGAAAUGUCCGGACCACAAGGAAGACUUAUGUUUUCUAUGUAAUACCUGUAAUGUAGCAGUUUGUAGCAGUUGCGUGACCGGAAGUCACACAGGCCAUGCCUUUUCUAAGCUUAUGGACAGCAUAACAAAGUUGAAGGUGAAGAUUAAAAAAGACCUCCACAGAAAGGUACACGAAACAACCCAAAACUUGAAAAAGAUAGAAGAAGGUCUAAAGGCAUUUGAUGUAAACGUAGAAGUAGUAGUAAAAGCUAUAACAGAAGAAGGUACAAAUAUAAAGGCAAUGGUUGAUAAAUGCAUCGCAGAGAUGAUCGCAUCGGUCAAGGAUCAAUCCAAGACGGAAAAGGACAAAUUGACAAAGAUCAUGGCAGAUAGCAAAAUGGAUUUGAAGGCGGGAAGUGACAUAAGCAAUAAAAUAUAUGAACUCGAAAAGACACGAAACGAUGGACAAUUGUUACAGUCUUUACAGAAACUUACAAAUGACAUUGCAAAGCUGACGAUAGAGCCUAUAUCCGAGUUUCCGAACAUACAGUAUACUGCUAAGCCUGUAACAGAUAACGACAUCAAACAACUGUUUGGCAUCUUCAAAAUAAGUGGAGUACGUACACAACAUAUCGGAAACAGAGAGAAAGAAUUACCUAAACCAAAGAGUGAUUACGAACAGGAUACGAAACCAAAAGAGGAAGGAAAAUACCUGUACAGAUGUGAAUGGUGUGGAAAGGAAAAGAGAUCUAAUAUGUAA